AGCGCCAUCAAAGAAAAUCUAGAACAACAGCUGAAGCACAUUUGCACGAAGUAUUUUCAGAAAGUUAGUUUCUUCUUGCUUCCUCUCUGUCGAGUACGUUGGCGUUUGUAUCAAAUCCAGAAUGGGCGUGCAAGUAGUAGAAUCUCCAGCUGAUUUUCAGGCGAAGGUCACGGCCGCUGACUCAAAGCUGAUUGUAGUCGACUUCUUUGCGAACUGGUGUGGACCAUGCCGUCAGAUCGCUCCUGCGUAUGAAGAGCUUAGCAAUCAGUAUCCUAAUGUUCUGUUUCUGAAGGUGAACGUGGAUGAAAAUGAGGAGGUGGCGGCGUUGUUCAGUGUCAGCGCCAUGCCCACGUUCAUCUUCAUGCGCUCGGGCGCUAGAGUCGGUCAGGUGCGCGGUGCCAACCGGCCCGCACUGGAAGCCAUGCUCCAGCAGCAUGCCAGCGCCGAUGCAUCGGCUGCACCUGCUGCUGCCCCUGCUGCCGGUGAUGGUGCUGCUGCCGCUGCUGCUGCUCCGGAAAAGCCAACCGAAUUGCUGCCUGGUCUCAUUGCUGGUCAUAUUGAUCUUGUGGAGAUGGUGGACAAGGAGAAGAGUGAAUGCCUGAAUGAGAGUGACGAUCAUCGGUUCACCACUGCCAUGCACUCUGGUGGUGGCUAUCUGCAAUCGGAAUGCGAUGAGCAGUUGAUAAUCUUCAUCACGUUCCUGCAGUCGGUAAAGAUCCACACGUUACAGGUCCAGUCACCCGACAAUGGCCAUGCUCCAAAGACUCUAAGACUGUUCACCAACUUGCCGAAUGCACCAGACUUUGACUCGGCUGAGACCAACAAACCGACACAGGAGUUUGUGUUGAAGCCCGGUGAUACGACAGGUAAUGGUUUAGUUCCUGUGCAGUUCGUCAAGUUCCAGAAUGUUCAGAGUUUGUGCAUUUUUGUCAAGGACAAUCAGGGCGGAGAAGACACGACCAUAAUCGAUCAUUUUACGUUCUACGGAACAACGCUGGCUGAAACCUCCAUGAAUGAAUUCAAGCGAGUAUCUGGUAAGGCCGGUGAAGUACACGGCCAUUGAGUUGUCAUCAGGCGACCUGACCCGCUUGUUUUAUUAUUCAACAUGACCCGACCUGUACAUGAGGAGCAUUCCGAUAUAACUCUAUUUGCUGCGCAUUGCCCACACACUGAACAUGAACCUGAUCAUGGCAGACACACCAUUCUCCUACUGCCACACUUUCCGAGUUGCUGUACAUAAUUAUAUUUAAAGUCGACUUUUUUUAAGCUUUACAUUCAUUCAUUCAUCCAUUCAUUCUAUUGUUGUUUGUGUCAUAUUGUGUGUACCAUACGUAACAGUGAAUGAGUUGCUUCUGCCACAGCAUGCAGUAGAGUCA